AUGAUGAUAAGUUGGGUUAAUAGAUGCUUGGUUGGUAAAACCAAGUUACCUUCCAACAACGCUGCAUUGAUCACCAAUGGAUUAUUACGUUUUAAUUCAACUAGUGCACCAAAGCAUGAUAGUGAAGAUACUGAAUUAGAAAUUGCUCAUAUUAAAUAUAUGAAACAAAGAGAAUUAGCUAGAGUUCAAAUCAAAAUGAAAACUCUUGCCAGAGGUCACGCAUUUCCUGGUUCUACCCAUUAUGCCAAACCAAUACAUGACCAUUUAUUUAAGGGACGUCCAAUUAAACAAUUAACCGCAGUAAAAAUCAGAAAUAGUGGUAGAAAUAAUACUGGUAAAAUUACCGUUCGUGGUAGAGGUGGAGGUCAUAAACGAAGAGCAAGAAUUGUGGAUUCAUUCCGUUUGAAAGCGGGUAAACAAGAAGUCAUGAGAAUUGAAUAUGAUCCAACUAGAUCUGGUCAUAUUGCAUUGCUUAAACACCUAGAAACAGGAAAUUUAUCAUAUAUUUUGGCAGCUCAAGGAUUAAGACAAGGAGAUAUUGUCGAAUCUUUCCGAGCAGGUAUUCCUAAAGAUUUCAUUGAAGAAAUGAAUGAACAUAAUAAUGGUGAAAUUGAUGAUGCCUUAUUAUCUGCAAGAAUUUUACAAAGAGGUAAUUGUUUACCACUUUCAAUGUUACCAGUUGGAUCCAUUGUUCAUAAUGUUGGAUUACAUGUUGGUGGAAGAGGUCAAUUGAUGAGAGCUGCAGGUACAUUUGCCAAGGUUCUUUCUAAAAAUGAAACAACUCAAAAAUGUGUUUUGAAAUUAAAUUCUGGAGAACAUCGUUAUGUUGACUCAAGAUGUUGUGCUACUUUGGGUAUAGUGUCAAACAAAGAACAUCAAUUAAGUAUGAUGGGUAAAGCUGGUAGAGCGAGAUAUAGAGGUAUUAGACCAAUAACUAGAGGGGUGGCUAUGAAUGCUGUUGAUCAUCCUCAUGGUGGUGGUAGAGGUAAAUCUAAAUCUAAUAAACAAACUCAAUCUAUGUGGGGUCUUUUGAAAUUCAAGAAGACUAGAACUCAUAAACAUGUUAAUAAGAUGAAGGUAAAAGAUAGAAGAGAAAAAUAG